AUGGCCGGCGUCAACGUCGCAAAUGCCUACCUGCUGCUAGGCUCAUGGCUUAGCUCACUCCUCUUCUCCCUCGAGGUCGUUCUCAUUGUGCAGUACCUCUUCUUCUCCGACAAAGUCCGGCCGCGAUGGCACAAACUCGGGAUGUCGCUCCUUCUGGCUAUCGAUACCAUAGGCACCUCCAGUAUCUUCGCCCAGGUCUAUGUAAUCGUCAUCCCCAGCCCGUGUGGAUUCAUCCCAUCAAGCCCACCUCCCCGAUCUAUGAUGACAACAUACACGAACUCGGUCGUGGUCAACAUCGUGGCGACCUUCACAAUCGCCUCGAUGGAGCAGUCAUUCUUGUGCUAUGUUUAUUAUAACCUAACAAGAAGGCGAUUCAUCACCGGUUUUUUGGCACUCUGCAUCCUUGUCCACGCCGGGUUUUCUUACGCCUCUGCCGGUCUAUUAGUGGGACAGCGCUCAGCGCCGACGGGAGGGCCGAUCAUCUGGACAACCAAAGUUGGCGCAAUAUCAUGUGCCGUUACGGACAUACUCAUCUCUGCUACCCUUGUCCAUACUUUCAUCCGACUGGAACAGACUUCUGCCAUGCGCAAUUCAACACACAGUCUUCUCCGUCGUUUAAUGCUCCUGAUCUCCACCUCUGGUAUUCUCGUGGCUUCAAUAACGCUUGUAGCAAUGUUCCUGGUCUUGAAGAGCAACCCUGCAUAUCCGCUCUUCUUCUUCUGCCAAAGCCGCCUUUAUGUCCUGACCAUCCUCGCCAACUUUCUAGUUGGAAAUGCGAGUGUGCGAGCACAGCAGGAAACAUCCAGCCUGGACCUUACAGCCGGGUCUCGGUCUUUAGCGACCCGGCCAGCCGUCACACAUGUCCUCUUCCAAACACCAACGAUAUCGACGCUGCACGGGAGGCAUCACGCAGCUGAAGAGAAUGGGCCGGACGUCGAUAUGCACGUGCUCUCAUUUACACAAUCAAAGGACCCACCCCAGGAACGAUGA